UCUCUAACCGCCUGCUGCCUCCUCGGUUCCCCUCCUCGACUCCUUCGCUCGCAUCUCCUGUGGGCGGGACUAAGACACGAGGAGUCGAGGAGGGGAAUUAGAGAAAUGAGAAAGGGCCACGCUCGAGCGGGUGAGGCGGAAGUGGAAACUCUUGUCUUCCGGUCACAUCCUCCUCACCGUCGCUCGAUACAGCUAGACCGACUGCAGCUGGUGCUACUAAGGCCCGUUAGACCGACAAGCCUCAACAAUUAGCCCCUCAGGACAGCAAUGGACCACAGAGGAGCCAGUGAGGGGCCAGGCAGAAGAUCCUCCAGUCCCUCCUCUGGGACACCCAUGGGUGCCAAGGGACAAGCAGCACUGAGUGUUCAAAAGCCCAGUGUAAAGGUCACUCCCUUCCAUGGCUCCCCCAUAGCCAGCAGUGAUGGAGCCCUCCGCAGCAUCCGGCCCGCAGCCUCUGCUCAUGGAAGCCUGUUUCUGGACACAUAUGGUCGGCUGACUGCCCCUCCUGUCAGAGGGAGAGCUGCUGCUGGGAGCUCAGAGGACCCCCCCCCCAGUUCAGGCUCUGCACCGGCCCCCACAGGAGUAAAGCUCCAGAAUAAAUAUGUUUUUGCCCUUUUAAAGACUGCUGGCAGGAAAGCAUUGAAGUCAAGCACCAAGCUUUGUCCCAGCCACAAAGGAAAGGAGAGGAGAGCUGUCUCCAGCAAACCUCCGUCCGCUGUGAAGAGGAGGAAAAGGAAGAUGGGAAUGUACAACCUAGUCCCCAAGAAGAAGGCCAAGGCCAUUAAACAGCAGGAGAAGAAGGAGGAGCCAGGACCCAGUGUGCAGCAGAACAGAGCUGCAGCUGAGGAGAAGCCAGUGAUGCUCACAGAGACUCUGCAGCCCCUCAGGAGUGAACUGUUGAUGGAGGGGGACCCUGGAGAAGGAGAAUACACAGAGCUGGCUUUGGAGUGUCUGGAUCUGAAAGCUCAGGAAGAGCUGCUCUCUCCUCCCCUGUCAGAUGCUAAGGUGACAGAAUCAGACCUGUUGGAGGAGCUGCCGCUGUGCUGCUGUCGGAUGGAGACUCCUUUCAGCGGAGACAGCCUGUCCACAAUUGAGCAGACCUGCAUGGCCAUGGAGAGCAUGGAUGGAAUGUUGAGCCGUUGCCAGAGGCGAGUGAUGAAGCAGGAAAUGAUGCGCCCCUCUAACACGGUCCAUCUGCUGGUUCUGUGUGAGGAGCACCGGGCCGGCAUGGUGAAGCACCACUGCUGCCCUGGUUGUGGGCUCUUCUGCCGGGCGGGCACCUUCAUGGAGUGCAGGCCGUACGGCAGCAUCUCCCACCGUUUCCACCGCGACUGUGCCUCCAUCCUGAAGGACCUCAGGUUCUGCCCCCACUGCGGAGAGGAUGCCAGCGGUGCCAAGGAGGUCACCGUGCUGAAGGCUGAUCCGGCUCCCUCUGUACCCAGAUCCAAACCCGGGCCGUCACUCCCAGCUGUUCCAAAUAUGGCCGCCCUGCCAUCAGUACCAACCACGCCUGCUGUUCCACGCAUACUCAGAGCUAAGAAGAGCAGCGAGCCACAGAGGGGCCGAGACCAGAGCCCGAGCAGCUGUCCUGCUGGCUGUCUCUCCAGGUCAAAGGGCGAGGCUGUGUGUGCCACAGACAGAAUACCCAAAGAGCCACUGGAGAGCAUCCUGACGGCGCUGGAUGAUGACAACCUGAAACCAAAGAAGGUGAAGUACCCCACCAGACAGCUGUACAUCUCUGCUAAACAAGGAGAGCUCCAGAAGGUCAUCCAGCUGCUAGUUGAUGGGAAGGACCCCAACUUUUUGAUGGAGGGCCCAAACAGAGUGACCCCUCUUCAUGCAGCAGCUGCUGAGGGCCACCAGGAGAUCUGCCACAUGCUGGUCCAGGCGGGAGCCAACCUGGACAUGUGUGACGAGGAGCAGAGGACCCCGCUGAUGGCCGCCUGUGAGAACAACCAUGUGGACACGGUGAAGUACCUGCUGAGAGCCGGAGCCGCUGUCAGCCACAAGGAUAUCAUGGGUUUCACCUGUCUACAUCUGGCAGCUAAACUGGGACAUCAUGACAUAAUCCAUCAUCUGCUCUCCAAGGCAUCCAAAUACAUCAACUGUCAGGAUGAUGGGGGCUGGACUCCCAUCACCUGGGCCAUCGAGCACAAGCACAGGGAGCUGGUCCACCUACUGCUGGCCAGAGGGGCCGACGUGAACAUCAGGGACAAGGAGGAGAACGUGUGUGUGCACUGGGCCGCUCUCUCGGGCUGUGACGACCUGGCCCAGGCUCUGCUGGAGGCCCGCUGCGACCUCAGCGCCGUCAACGUUCACGGGGACUCCGCGCUCCAUGUGGCUGCCAGAGAGAACCACCUGGAGUGUGUCAUGUUGUUCCUGUCUCGUGGAGCGGACAUCACUCAGAGGAACAGGGAGGGGGGGACGGCUCUGGACUGCUGUAUGUACGGCUCCAAGGUGUGGACGGCCCUCAGCACCAACAAGAAGCUGACGGACGCCCGCAGGGGCAGGGACUGCCGCGGAGAGAGGGUGCUCAGCAGGGACAUUUCACGAGGUUAUGAGGCAGUUCCUAUUGCCUGUGUUAAUAGUGUGGACAGCGAGCCGAGCCCGGAAAACUUUAAGUACAUCCCUGACAGCUGUGUGACCUCCGCCCUGAACAUAGACCGAGACAUCACUCAUCUACAGCACUGCAGCUGCACAGAAGACUGCUCCUCCAGCAGCUGCAUGUGUGGGCAGCUCAGUCUGCGCUGCUGGUAUGAUGGAGAGGGUCGACUACCCCUGGACUUCUGUCAGAGGGAGCCCCCCGUGCUGUUUGAGUGUAACCACGCCUGCUCCUGCUUGAGGAGCUGCAGGAACAGAGUGGUGCAGAACGGCCUGAGACUGCGGCUGCAGCUCUUCAGGACUCAGAGGAUGGGCUGGGGAGUCAGGGCCAUGCAGGAUAUCCCACAGGGAACCUUCAUCUGCGAGUAUGUCGGAGAGAUCAUCACAGAUGCAGAGGCCGAUAAAAGAGAGAAUGACUCUUUCCUCUUCACCCUCGACAAUAAGGCUGUCCCACACCAGCUGAGCUCAUGAUGACAGGUAGCUGUUUGCACCAGGGGGGACUAGUCUCUUUGAUUCCUUAAUAGCCAGUUGUUCUUUUGAAGUAUAAUUAUAUAUGUUGGGUACUUUUACUUUUGGUACUUUAAGUAUAUAUUGAUGCUAAUACUUGUGUACUUUUACUUGAGUAACCUUUUGAAUGCACUACUUAACAGAGUAUUCCUACACUCUGGUACUACUACUUCUACUUAAGUACAAGAUCUGAGUACUUCUCCCACCUCUGACUAACAACCAAUAUUGGGUACACCAGUAACAAGAUUAGCUCAGUUAAAUCUAAUUAAAAUAAUAACAUCAACUUCCUGUGCCCACGUGUACCACACUAACUAUGCUAAUGAGUCCGCCUGCUGGAGUUUCUGUGGAAGCACCGUGGAAAACCAUUGUCACUGCUGUCAGGAAGAGUCCAUGGUUUCCUGGAGUAGUUAUUCAAAUGAAAAACUCUUUUAAUUCUAAAUUCUCAAGAAGAGCUUAACUUUGCAGACCGAGAAAGACAGACCAAUCAUUAAUAAGUGUCACUUAAUAAAGCUAUACAAAACUAAUGUGAGGGGCAAAUCAUUUUCUGAAAAAAAAGACUUGUCUUAAUGACAAGAUUAUUUUAGGAUUUUGUGUUGUCAGUAUUUAAGAGAAUAAAAUAUUUAUUACUCAAUCGCAUUAAUAGUAAAAGCAGAGAUCAUUUUGCAGUAGCCUUUCCAUUGGGGAUGAAUGUGUGUGUUUCCUUGUCCCAUUUGCACAUAUUUUUCACUUUUGUUUGUUCUUAAAAAAAAAAAAGUAAGUAAUAAAAAGGGCAGCAUAUCGUGAAGAACAUAUUCCCUGCACGUGUUUCCCA